UAUAGACAUAUAAAUCAUUAGUUCAUUUUCUAAAAUGGUUCCUUAUGGUUGUCUUUCAGAGAUUAUGUGAGUUGCUGCAUUGGCUUUCUAACAUCUCGCACGGAUACUCCUGGUAUGUCUGAAGGACAGAUCUCUUUUAUGUUCUGAAUGUACCAGGUUGUCCUCAUGAGUACUCCUGUGGAGAAUGUCCAUGAUCUUUUUUGCCUGUGUGGUGCGGGUGAGGGAUGGACUUCCCCUCUCAGCCUCCACAGAUUUUCAUUUCAACCAGGACUUUCUGGAAUGCAGAAAGAGAUUGAAGGUGUUAUCCUCAAUUCUGGCACAGUAUCCAAGUCGAGGCACAGUAAAAGGACAUGACUUGAGCAUACAUUUCCUUUCUUCUGGGGAUAUUGCCUGCAUGGCAAUCUGUUCCAGCACUUACUCAACUGUCAUGGCGUUUUGCUUCCUGGAGGAGCUUCAGUGGGAAUUUGCUGCUUCCUAUGAUAUAACAAGCAUUGGUUUAGCUUCCAGACCAUAUGCUUUUCUUGAAUUUGAUAACAUUAUUCAGAAAGUGAAAUGCCGUUUUAAUGGUGCAAAUCGCUCUCAAAUGAAGGACAAUUGGGAGAAGAUUGAGGAGGAGCUGAAGUUCCAGCCCCCAGUUCAGCUGAAACUAGAGGAUAUGGAGCUGAUGAAUGGGAUGGCAAAUGGUGGGCAUGCAGGUGUUCAUGUGGAGGUUGUGCCUACUUACAGAAUGCAGCGUGUGACUCCCUUGGGCAUUCUGUCACUUGUUCUGAACAUCAUGUGUGGAGCUUUGAAUCUCAUUCGAGGAGUUCACCUAGCAGAGUAUUCAUUUCAGGAGGAUCAUGAAGGAAUUGGAAAUGUGAUAGCUUUUUUCCUACCUUUUCUAGCCUGUGUUUUUCAGUGUUACCUGUACCUCUUCUAUAGCUCAGCAAGAAAGAUGAAAACAUUUGUACUCCUUUUCUCUGUUUGUUUAUGCAACAUUUACUUGUAUGGAUUACGGAACCUCUGGCAAAUAGCCUUUCACAUAGGAGUGGCAUCUCUUUCUUCUUAUCAGAUACUGACAAGACAACUUAUGGAGAAACAGCCUGACUGUGGAGUAUGAAAAAAGCUUUGGGUUUGCUAUUCUGUUUUUACAACUCUUCUUUUUUUUUUGUUGCUUUUUUUUUAAUUAAACUGGACAAAAAUUGCUUGGGGUGCUUUUAAAGAUUUGUGACAGUGGUUACUGCAAGGAGGAUAUUUCAAAGCAACUUGAAGUAAAGUAGGAUACUGUAAUCGUGUCAAACACACAGUGAGGAAUGUAGCUGUAUUUAACAUGGCAUGUGGUAGUUGUGCAUGGUAGAUCUUGUCAGGUGCCAUCAGCUGAUGGAGGUUCUCCUUGCCAUCAGUAGGCUUUUACUCCUUGACUAAUACCAUCUAGACAGCAUUUUGCCAUUUGUCUUACUGGCUUUGUAAUAGUUUGGCAGGUCAGCGUCUUGCCUUGCCAAUGCUUCUGAAAAAAUUAAACUUGUAUAAUGCAGUGACGAUAAAGUGGUGGGUAACAUUUUUAUCUAUGGAAUUUGUUAAGCAUUAAGAUACUUGGUAAAUGUGAGUAAAGGAGUAGUUUGCCAUAAUUAGGUGAGUUCAAUAGCAGUGGGAAAAAAAUAUUAGGAUGAGCUUGAGGGUAAUUUUUCUAGGUUUUGAAAGAGAGGAAAGGAAAACACUGUGGGUCUUCUAAAAACCAUAAAGGCUAUAAAUAUCUCCUGGCUAAACAGCGCAUUGUAGUUAAGUAUGUGCUCAUUGGUUAAUUGCAAAUAUGCUUGGGGCAGCAUAAAAUAAGCCAAAGUGAAUAUAAAUGAUCUUUUCAGCUCAAGCGGCCUUUAUUUCCUUGGUUAAGGUCACUCUUAGCGUAAGGGUAAUUCCACGUUUGCUUGGUCUGUACAGAUAAUAAAUCUCCCAAGCGUACUUAUGACAGGCUACUGACUCCUUCACCUUUUUAUUUAAAAAAAAAAAGUGUAGAUGGUUGGUAGAAAGCCAUUACCAAUAAUGGAAAGCAAGAGCAGGUUCUCUUUGUUAUAUAAAACACCUUUAGUUAAUGGUGUUGAGUUCUUAGACUAUGAUGAAUUUAUGAGUUUGCACUUUUGAAUGCAAGAGCUGAAUAACAUUUGCUGCACUGGGUAUUCUUGAAUGUGAUGUAUUGAGGUGCAUAGGAGCAUUUUAGAAUGUACAUGAAUAACACAGGCUCUCUGUUUAAAAAAAUGCAUAGCAUUUUGAUGCAGCUGUCCUUGAAGGGUUGUAAACAUUCAGACUGAGAAGAUGUAGAGAACUCUUUGGUGUCUUAUUGUGGCAGUAUGGUUCUAGAUUUCCUUUUAAUUUUUUUUCUUAAGAAAGUGUUUUCUGGUUGCCCCAUUUCUUCCACCAGGGAUGUCACCAAAGAUUUAUAUUCCUCUUGCAUAGUCUCUACCUCUAGUGGUUGCAAAGUGAUUAACGUGAUGCAAAGUUGUCUUCCUGAGUUUGCAGAAGCACUUAACAAAAGUACUUUCUUGUAUCUCAAUUUUCCUGCAGUCUCAUGAUGCAAAGAUUAGUAUCAGUGUACUGCCGCAUCAGAAACCUGUGGUGCUGUACCUCAGUAUCACUUCUGUAAUGCAGUUUGACUGCAGCAACGAUAUCAAUAGGCAGAUCAUUACAACCUGAACAGUUUUUAGGACAGCAAAAGAUUUGGUGCCAGAGCUUUUUUCAGUAGUAAAAUGUAGUUCUUUCUUUUCCAUCCCAUAUUAUCCCGUUUACUGUAAGAGUAACAUAAUGAAAUCCUUUAAACUGUGAGGAUUCGUCUAGUAGGAAUGAUAGAGGAAUAUUUUAGCCGGCCAUUUAAGAGAACAACUAGAGCUGUGUGCCAAAAGGGAAUAAUUUUCUGUUAUAAGGGAGUGGAUUAAAGUUGUUUGUUACCCUAGUUUUCUGACAGAGUGUAAAUGGAGAAACAAAGCCAAAAUUCAACCAUUUUCCUUAGAAUGCCCAGAUGAUCCCAGAGAUGUGAACAGCUUUCAUGCUGUU